UAUGUUUUAAAAAGAACAUUGGUAAUCGUCUUUAAUUCAAAAAUUUAUUUUGUUUUACUUUAUUGUGGAAACUUAUUCCAGAUCCGACAUUUAUACAAAUAAAAAAAAUGCUAACAGUUUUAUUAAUUUUUAUCCAGAUAUUAUCCUGUGCUGGUAUCAUUCAAAUAAAUAAUGUAGUUACAGAUAAUGCUUACACGUUAAAACCGUUAAAAGUAACAGCAUCUCCUGGUACUGUUGUUGGCGUUAUUAGUGCAAGUGGUGAUGGGUCUGGUAUUAUAAACUAUUUUAUUACAGAUGUGUUUUACUACCCACCUGGAUCUCAAUCAUACGAUUCAGGAACUGGAGGAACUUCAAGCUGGCUGCUUUAUGCUACUUCAUCAACAUAUGAUGACUGUAGUAUCAAUGUUCUAAAUAACUACUCAACACGAAGAAAAUGCUUUUGCAUAGACCAUAAAACUGGGGAGAUUAAAACAACCAUGUAUUUUAAUCAGAUAGAUCAAAAUGUUGGCGGUCAAUAUAAAAUAACGUUGCAAAUUUCACAGGGAGUAGUUACAUCAAAAAAUCUUUUACCUGUAGUUAUCAAGUUAUAUUCUAUAUGUGACAGCAUUCCAAAUUUAUAUAAACUAAUAACAUCAGUUUGUGAUUCAUAUAGCUAUAAAACUGAUUUAAUAACUUCCAAUCAGUAUGUCAGUUUAAAUUUUUCUAGUACAUUGUAUGUUUCAGCCAUUCAGUAUAGUCUCAAAGCUGGAAACAGUAUUGACAAAGGUACUAACAUAAGUGUAAAUAUUUUUCAAAGUUUACUAGUAAGAAACUUUUACUUUUUUUACUUAAAUGCAACACAAAUUGUUCCCGUUGUGCCACCAUUAAAAUUGAAAACAAAAGAUACAUUUCUACUGCAAACUAUAAUAAAAUCAAGUAUUGAUAUUAAAACUUUUGAUAUGCGAUUAAUUACUAUUCAAGAAAUGGAUUUCUGCUCAUCAAAUCUUGCGUGCAUUAAUGCAACAAAUGAGUAUAUCAAAUAUCAAAACAAUUAUUCUCAAGAAUGUCCAUCUAUUGACCUAUAUGGAUUUAUUGCAAAGUAUGGAUACUGCAAUGAUAAUAAAGCUCCAAUUGUCAAAAACCAAUCUGCUUUUCUUGAUUUUGAUUUAAUGGAAACAAACUAUGCUCCUAUUCCUGUAAUUUCAAAUUUUGUUUAUGAUCCUGAAAUAAAGUUUCUUCAAUAUUCAAUUUUAAGUGUAAAACCCAAGUAUGGACUUUUACCUGUGUCAGGUAAUACUGUUUCAAAUAAUAUGAAUUGUGACUCUAUAAAUAUGCAGUAUCCAUUGUUUUGCUUUAACAGUUCCUCUAAUACGCUAUUCACUACAAACAGUUUGCUUGGAAAAGUAUCUCCUGAUGAAGUAUUUACAAUUAGUAUACAAGUAUCUGAUCUAGAAAUAUUUCCUCCUCGAUUUGUAUUUUUUGAUAUGGUUGUAUCCUGUAAAUCACUAUGUACAAAACUAACUACUAUUUAUCGAAAUAUAUUUCAAUUUUGUAAUAAGGAGAUAUAUUUAGCAACAAUAAGUAAUUCUAUAAUUUCAUUAUCAAAUACUUAUCAAUUUGAUGCUGUAUAUUAUAUUACGAGUAUUAAAGUUCUUAUAAAUAUUAAUUGUGAUUACAUGGAGUUUUUAAUAUCUAUGUUUCAGUACAAUAAUACAGCUACUGCUAGAUACUUUUGUGUUGGAAGUUAUGCUUUGCUAGAUAGUCCACUUAUUGUUAGAAGUGGACAGCUUUACUCAAUUACUGCUAAAGUUUUCAAGCAAAAUGUACUUCAAAACAUUAUUACAAACUUUAGUAGUAUAUCAUUUUUAUUGAUUAAAAGAGAUGAUUAUUGUACUAACUCUUUAAACUGCAUAAAUUAUGUCAACAUGUAUAAUGAAUCAUUUUAUGAAAACCCUGAUAUCAAAUCUACAUGUGCCGAGGUUGAUGUUUAUGGAAUGACAGCUAAAUAUGGAUAUUGUGAAGAUAAUGUUGGACCCACGGUAAUUCAGACAAACUUUUAUAUUGAUCUUAAUGAUGAUUAUAUUUUUACUGAAGUAAUUCCUGGAAACAACUCAAUGUAUAUUUUCAAUAAAAAUCCAGUAGAGUUCUCAAUAAAUGCAAUUGAAGCCUUUAGUGUUUUAAGUAAUAAUGUUGUUUUUCCUUCUAACUGUUCAAUGACAUUUGGUGAUUUUUGUAUUAACAGUACAACUGGUAAGAUAUAUACAAGUAGUGGUAUUUUUGGCAAGCUAUAUUCUAACACCAGUAUAUUUUUUUAUGUCAGAGUAGUAGACAUCUCAGUUUAUCCAAUGCGAAGUCCUACUGUUCCUUUACAACUUCUAAUUACAGAUCGUUGCUAUCGUUCAACUGCAAGUUAUCAAUAUGUUGUCACUAAUUGUGUCAACUAUACAAGUAUUACUUCAGUAAGAGUCAACGAAACAAAAAAGUUUAUUUUUCUUUUAUACCCUUUAGAACGUAUAAUUUCUUUAGAAAUUGAUUCUUCACAUAUUUUAAAUGUUUUUGAAUAUGUUAGUUUUAAUGCCACAUUUUAUAACGACAGUGAAGAAAUAUAUUCUUUUACUUCGAGCAAAUUGCAAGUAAAGCCAACUUUAAGUAUACCAUUAAAUGUUUGGUAUGGAAUUGUAACUGAGAUUCAUGUGACUAUUUUUGGACAUAAAUUUGAUCAAAUAAAUAUUUUUUCUCAAAUAUUGGAGCCAAAAUUAAAAUAUUUGAGUGGAUAUAAUUGUACAACAACUUGCUUGACAAAGUACAGUGAGUGGCUAAGCAUAUCUCAACAUAGUUGCAAUAGUGACCUUGAUUACUUGCAUAUCAAUUUCGAUGUGUGCUUUGAUCCUGAUACAAUGUUUUUGAGCAAGCCAACAUUGGACUCUAACAUUGUAACAUUUGGAGGCAAUGUUCUAAUCAAUAACAUGAUAUAUUUAUCUCCUUUUGAAUUUGUUAAAAGUUAUUGGUUAAAAGAUGGAAUUACAGUAUUACAGCCAUUACCAAAUGAUCAGAAAAAAUUACAAAUAACACAAAGAAGCUUGAAACACAAUUACUUAUUGCAUGGAUUUACUGCUGGAGGUUUGCUAAUAAAAAACAUUGGUAUUUCUAACCAAGGUUUUUAUCAAUGUGUGAUUGAAAAUAAUGGAAAAAGUUUUUAUUCUGAAAAAGUAAAGGUGAUUUUAUCAGAUAUCGCAAGUGCUAAAGCUAACAUAAGUAUAUCUGGUACAAUUUGGAAAAAUCAGUAUGCAUUAAACACAAGCAAUGAAUAUAAAGAAUUAUUAAACAAGUUUUUAAAUCAAUUGCAGAAUGGGUUUUCGUCAGCUUUUUUUACAAAAGGAUUACAGUAUCAAGGAGUUCAAUUUUAUAAUAGGAAUAAUUAUGUUGGCGCAUUGAUAAACCUUUUUUAUCAAAUUCAAGGAGGUGAUCGUAUUGAAAAUUGUAGACAAAUUUCCGAAGUCAAAUUUGGGUCGAAUUUUCCUGUUAACUUUAUAAAACCUUGUGAUUGCUGUACUGAAGAUGUUGUUGGGUUACAGACAUUUACAGGAGAGUAUACAUUUCCCAUCACAUUAGCAGACAAUACUUCUUUGCUCCCUUGUGUAUACAACAGUAGCAUUAUUAUUAAAAGAAAAUGCUCAUCAGUUAGUUCUUUGGAUAUUCCUAAAUGGAAUGAAAUUGAUCUUUCAGUCUGCCCUCCUAACUCUCCCACUAGUCUCCUGCUAAUUAAGUUAAAAGAUACUAACAUAACAAAUGAAAAUGUUGAGCAGGUCGCAUAUAACUUAAAUCAAGUUAUUAAAAAUGGAUCGCUUACAAAUAUAUAUGACAUUGAUCUGAUUAAGCAAGUUAUUGACAACAUUAUUAGUGUUAAUGCAUCAUCAGAAGUUGUUACCAAUGCUAUUUUGUCAACUGUAGACAGUCUGCUAAGUUCUAAUAAUGCUUUGAUUGUGAAGGCAAAUCAAAAAUUUGACUCAUCUUCUGCAUUUUUGUUUCAAUUGGAUGCUUUAGCCAAGCAGCAAGUUAAUAAUUUGACAAUUUCAAAAAAAUCUAUUGGAUUUUCAUCAUAUAUAAUUGAAGAAAAUUAUAAUCCAAUAUAUAUUUAUUCUGUAAAUAACAAAGAUUCUUUACAAGUAAAUAUAACAUCCCAAAAUCUUACCAGUAUUCUACAAAACUUUACAGCAAACAUCAUUCUCCCUGCACAACUGUUUUUUGGAAAAAAUAACUCCCGUGUUUAUUCUUUUGCUUUUUUAAAGAACACAUUUUUCACUCAAGGUGUGGAUAGUGUGAUUCUGUCAGCCUCAAUAAAUGGCUUAAAUGUUACAUACUCUAAAGAACCCAUACCAAUGACUUUUUCGUCUAAUUCAAACAAUUCUGGGACAAGAGUAUGUGGCUUCUAUAAAACACAAGAGAAAGUUUGGUCUACUGAAGGAUGCAAUACCACUAGUAAUUCUUCAUCUAUAAUAUCGUGUCAGUGCAAUCAUCUUACAAACUUUGCAUUAAUAUUAGACGUAGAUCAAUCUGGAAACAAUCCAUUAAGUCUUCAAAUCAUUACAUGGAUUGGUUGUGGAAUUUCUAUUGCAGGAUUAUUUAUUACCAUCAUCAGCUACUCUACUUUUCGUAAAUUGCGAAUGAAUCUUGCUCCAAAAAUCCUUAUAAAUUUGUGUGUGAGUUUAAUGGUUACACUUAUUAUUUUUCUUGCAUUGGUUGAACAGACUAAACCUCGUGUUUUGUGUCAGGCAGUUGCGUCAAUUUUGCAAUUUUUUAUUUUAUCUACAUUUUUUUGGAUGGCUGUUGAAGGAAUCAAUUUGUAUAGAAUGUUUGUAAAAGUAUUUCGUGGUUCAUAUAGCUCUCGUAUAUUUAUGCUUAAAUCAUCCGCUUUUGCUUGGGGUAUACCGCUUAUAUUUACAAUAGCAACUGCUGCUAUUAAACCUGAUUACUUAGGUCCUGCAACAAAGAGUGAUCCUCAAAUAUGUGUUGUUCGUGGAAUUUCUUUUUACUUUGGGGUACUAUUACCUGUUUGUGUUGUAAUUAUGGGUAAUUUUUUUAUCCUUAUCCUCGUUCUAAGAGGUGUUACUGCUAAAGCUAAACUUUCUAACAAUACUAAAGUUAAAACUCAGAAAGGUUACAGUAAAAUUAGAAUUGCAUUAGCAUGCUCUGUUUUGCUUGGUACAACAUGGAUAUUUGCAAUACUUGCUGUUGGUAAUUUUCGUGAUGCAUUUCAAUGGCUGUUUUGUAUUUUUAAUUCACUACAAGGUUUUUUUAUAUUUUUUUUCUAUACUGCACGAAAUUCGGAUGUCAAGCAUCAGUGGUUAAAGUUUUUUGGAGUGGAAAAAUCAUUUAGAGAUCCAAGCAGCAGUAGUGCAAGUCGCACAAUGGAGAAAACGCAAAAAAUACACCUUGCAUCUACCAUUAAUCGCAGUUCAACUGAAAAAAUCAGUGAAAAAGAAUCAAGUGUUGAAAAAGCUUUAAAUCCUGAAUAAAUUGAGUUGUAAAGUCCGUAAUUACACCGUUAGUGAUGAUGCAGUGACGAAAUGUUUGUGAAAAAUAUGUUUGCAUAAUUUUUUUACAUAAGCAAUAUCUAAUAGUUUAAUUUCUUCAGUUUAUAAAAGCUUUGCUGAAAGAAUUUAGACAGAACAGUUUUCAUUGAUUUACUUUUUUUAAGUUUCUUAAAAUUAAAUAUAUUUUUAAAGCACUGCUCUUAAAUAAAUAUUUUGGUUUAUUUAUAUUGUACAUUUUU